AUGACCCUGAGCACGGAGAUGUCCGAUGCCUCCGGCCUCGCCGAGGAGACAGACAUCGACGUGGUGGGGGAGGGCGAAGACGACGACGAGGAGGAGGACGAUGACGACGAGGGUGGCGGCGGGCCCCGGUUGCCCGGCUCGGCCCAGCGGCGGCGGCGCUCUUAUGCCGGGGAGGACGAGCUCGAGGACUUGGAGGAGGAGGACGACGACGAUGACCUGCUGCUGGCCUCGCGGCCCGCCGCGUCCCCCGCGCCUCCGGGCCCUGUGCCCGCGUCGGGGACCGGCACGGGAAGCUGCAGCGGUGCGGGAGCGGGAGGCAGCUCCGGAACCGGCGCGGGCGCGGGCGGCGGUGCCAAGAACCCACUGGUGAAGCCACCCUACUCGUACAUCGCGCUCAUCACCAUGGCCAUCCUGCAGAGUCCGAAGAAGCGCCUGACGCUCAGCGAGAUCUGCGAGUUCAUCAGCGGCCGGUUCCCGUACUACCGGGAGAAGUUCCCCGCCUGGCAGAACAGCAUCCGCCACAACCUGUCGCUCAACGACUGCUUCGUCAAGAUCCCGCGUGAACCGGGCAACCCGGGCAAGGGCAACUACUGGACGCUCGACCCGGAGUCCGCCGACAUGUUCGACAACGGCAGCUUCCUGCGGCGCCGCAAGCGCUUCAAACGCCAGCCGCUGCUCCCCCCGCACGCGGCGGCCGAGGCGCUGCUACUGCGCGGCGCGGGGCCGGCGGGUGGCGCGGGGGACCCGGGCGCCGCUCUCUUCCCGCCGCCGCCGCCUCCCGCCUGCGGCUACGGAGCCUACGGCUGCGCCUACGGCCUGCAGCUGCCGCCCUGCGCGCCGCCCUCCGCGCUCUUCGCCGCCGCUGCCGCCGCAGCCGCCGCCUUCCACCCGCACUCGCCGCCGCCGCCGCCGCCCGGUGCGGCCGCCGAGCUGGCGAGGACCGCCUUCGGCUACCGGCCGCACGCGCUGGGCGCCGCCCUGCCCGGCCCGUUGCAGGCGGCCGCAGUGAAGGCGGGAGGGCCCGGUGGCGCCGGGGCGCUGGCACGCUCGCCUUUCUCCAUCGAGAGCCUCAUUGGGCGCAGCCGGGGUCCAGCGGUGGCUAGUGUGCAAGCGUCACCCGGGGCCGCUACCGGGACCGCACCGGGACCGGGGGGCGGAGGCUGCUCGGCGCAGGCGGCUGCGGGCCCUGCUGCCGCGCUCACCCGCUCGCUUGUGGUCGCCGCUGCGGCCGCCGCCUCGUCGGUGUCGUCGUCGGCCGCGCUGGGAACUCUGCACCAGGGGACUGCGCUGUCCAGUGUGGAGAACUUUACUGCUAGGAUUUCCAAUUGUUAG